AAUUACUCCAACUCCAGGCUUCAGACAUUGGGGAUAGACUCUUCAGUGACACAGUGAGGCAUACUUCAACAUCUGGCACUGCCUGGUAAUUGAUUCCAAAUGUGUAACAAGAGGAGAGACUAGGCUUCAAACAUUGAUGAUAGACUCUUCAGUGACACAGUGAGGCAUACUUCAACAUCUGGCACUGCCUGGUAAUUGAUUCCAAAUGUGUAACAAGAAGAGAGACUAGAUGACAGUCAUGUCCCAUUCAAAGGAUCUCAAGGAUGAUUUCCACAGUGAUACAGUACUUUCCAUUUUAAAUGAACAGCGCAUUCGGGGCAUUUUAUGUGAUGUCACUAUAAUUGUAGAAGAUACCAAAUUUAAAGCCCACAGUAACGUUCUGGCAGCUUCAAGCCUUUAUUUCAAAAACAUUUUUUGGAGUCGUACAAUCUGUAUUUCUGGGCAUGUAUUAGAAUUAGAUGAUCUCAAGGCUGAGGUGUUCACAGAAAUACUUAAUUAUAUUUACAGUUCCACUGUAGUUGUAAAGAGACAGGAGACAGUAACAGAUCUUGCAGCUGCAGGGAAAAAACUGGGAAUAUCAUUUUUAGAAGAUCUUACAGACAUUAAUUUUUCAAGUUCCCCCUGCCCAUAUGGAUUCUGUAUUACUGAAAAGGGAUCAGUCAAAGAAGAAAAAAAUGAAAAAAGACACGAAGACUCAGCUAUCACAAAUGGGCCAAGAAUCACAAAUGCAUUUUCAAUUUUUGAAACUGAAAACAGUAAUAAUUUGUUUUCUCCACUUGACUUGAGAGCAAAUUUUAAAAAGGUAUCUGAGCCAAUACAAGCAUCCACUGUUGGCCUUGAUAGGGAUGAUGUGUGCAAAGAAGCGGAGCCAGCCAGCACAUUAGCUGAACAUUCCUACGCAGUUUCUUCUGGGGGUGAUACUUUUCAAGGUACACCUUUUUUUGAACAUGACAGCAGUCCUGCAUAUAAAAAAGGUGAAGACAGUUAUGAAACACUUCAGACAACACCUCUAGUUCAACUGGUAAAACAGACAUGUAGUACACCAAAGAUAGCCUUUAAACCCCAGUGUACUAGUUUGGCUGUAGCAAAAGUGUCAGCCCCCACAGUAAAUGAAACAGAAGGCCAACGUGAAAUAGUUACUGAUCAAGCCACUAUUCCUUUUCCAAAAUCUCACAGUAAGACGGGAGAUUUCCUUUUUUCCAGAGAAGAGGAAAAUAAUUCUACCAAUAUCUCUGGAUCAGUAGCAACAGUCGUUCCACCUGUUUACAGCUGCAACUGUUGUACUAAAUCAUUUGAAGACAGAGCCUUACUCAGUACCCAUCUUCAGCUUCACAUGCAGCAUCAGGAACCUUUCAUAUGCAAAUAUUGCAAUCAACAAUUUGCAAAUAAAAACAGGCUGGAGAAUCAUGAACAGACCUGUGUGAGAUCAAGCAGUAUAUCUGUUCAUAAUGGGAAUGAGCAAAAUUUUUCAGAAAAUUAUACUCCUACCGAUGGAAGAAAUGGGAGGUCAUAUGCAAACACAGAGCAUUUGCUGUCUGAAAACAAUAUUACUGAUUACUCUACUGCAAGCUGCACCUUGCCAGAAACGGACCAUUUGAUAAAAGUUGUUGACGGGCAGAUAUUAUACACUUGCAUUGUGUGCAAACGUAGCUAUGUAACAUUAUCGAGCCUUCGAAGACAUGCAAAUGUGCAUUCAUGGAGAAGAACUUAUCCUUGCCAUUACUGCAACAAGGUAUUUGCAUUAGCUGAAUAUCGGACCAGACAUGAAAUCUGGCACACUGGGGAAAGGCGGUAUCAGUGUAUCUUCUGCCUUGAGACUUUUAUGACCUAUUACAUACUCAAAAACCAUCAGAAAUCUUUCCAUGCAAUUGAUCAUCGGCUUUCAGUAAAUAAGAAAACAGCUAAUGGAGGCUUAAAGCCAAGCAUGUAUCCUUACAAACUUUAUAGGCUUCUACCUAUGAAAUGCAGAAGGCUGCCUUAUAAGUCUUACCGAAAUUCUUCAUAUGAAAAUGUGCAAGCAACUAACCAGGUUAAUGAAGCUACUUCUACCACCUGCUUUAUUCAGAAUUCUCUCAGUGCUGAACUACCUUCACUGAAUUUUCAAAAUAAUAUUUUAACAAACAAUACAGCUGUCUCCUUGGAUACAUCUUCAUGCAAUGAUGCAACAUCUUCUGUCAAUACUGAGCAUGUUUCUUCUUGGGGAGUAGGAGUGUUAAAUUCUGACCUUAAAAGUGACUUUUAUGCUGUAGAAAAAUCAAUGUCCACAGGUACAAAUGAACAUGAUUCUGGCUCUCAGGAAUGCAAUUCCUCCAUUCUGUCUUUCAGUAAUGUGAAUGAAAAUUCAACCUCUGUUAUCAACUACAGUAGUUCUGCACCCUCUGUUAUAAUGCACAGUAGCAGAGUUUCAACAGUAAUAAUGCACAGUAAUACAGUCACUUCAAUAGCAUGCAGUAAGACAGGAUCCUCAAACAAUACAGCCAGUCAGAUCAUAAAUGAUGACUAUAAACAUGGGUCAGAUAAUUAUGGCAAAAGCCUUACUAAAGCAAAAACCAUUAAAGAUAAAAAGAAAACACUUCUGUAUAAUAGAGGAGAAACAAUAGAGGAGAUUCAGUAUAUCACAGGACCUGGAGGUUCAUCUAAUAAGACUACAAAUAUUGUUCAAGAAUCUAGUAAAACUGAAACCUACAUUGCAAAACCCGCCUUACCUGGAACAUCUGCACAUAGUAACGUUGCUCCUCUUUGUCAGAUAACAGUAAAAAUUGGGAAUGAGGCUAUUGUAAAAAGGCAUAUUUUAGGUUCAAAACUGUUUUGUAAGAGAGGCAGAAGAUCUAAACGUGAAUCUAAACAAGACAAUCUGCUUCAGGAGACUGAAACAGAGAGAAAAGAACAAAGCCCACCUAGACUCUUCAGUCCAGAAUGCAUGGAACUGACUGAACUGUGUGAUGAUGUAAGUGAUCAAGAUUCCAAUGACAAACCCUGGAGACCUUAUUACAAUUACAAACCAAAAAAGAAAUCUAAACAGCUAAGAAAAAUGAAAAAAGCCAAAUGGAGAAAAAAGCAUGAAAACAAGACCUCCAGUAUUGAAAGUCAAAAUACAUGUGAUAGAGAGUAUGGACUUAGGAGCAUUACUGAAGAAAAAGGCAUCAGCCAAGAAGAAAGUGCAGAAAUGCCCAAUCUUCACUGUGAGCUCUGUGAAAGAGAGAAAUCUUCCACUGAAGAAAGCCAGGAACAUGUACAUUUGCAAGUAACUACUUCAAAGCCUUAUAUUUGUGAAUUAUGCCAAAAGCCAUUCCAGAGCCCAUCCACACUAAAAAUGCACAUGAGAUGUCAUACUGGGGAAAAGCCCUAUACUUGCAAAACAUGUGGGAAGUGUUUCUCAGUUCCUGGAAACUUGCAGAAACAUGAACGUAUUCACUUGGGUGUUAAGGAUUUUGUCUGUCAAUACUGCAGCAAAGCAUUCACUUUAAAUGAAACACUCAAAAUACACGAAAGGAUUCAUACCGGAGAAAAACGCUAUCAUUGUCAGUUUUGCUUACAGAGCUUUCUGUAUCUUUCUACCAAAAGGAAUCAUGAGCAGAGACAUGCACGUGAACAUAAUGGAAAAGGAUAUGCUUGUUUUCAGUGCCCCAAAAUUUGCAAGACAGCAGCUGCUCUGGGGAUGCACCAAAAGAAACACCUCUUCAAAAGCCCAACUCAACAGGAUAGAAAAGAGUAUUUAUGUAAUGACAGCUCUAAACCUUUGGAGAAACAGAAUUUCAUAGAAGCAGAUGGGAACGAAGUGAUUUCUAUACAGAAUGUGUCUCCAAAAGUCAUACUCUGAGUGACAGUUCAAAAAAAAGGGGGGGGGUGGGAAUCAUAAAUAUAUUGAGAGACAGAGACUUAGGUACUGAAUGGGGAAAAAACUUCAAACUUGUGCAAGUUGUAAAAAUGAAGAUGAUGCAUCUUCAUCCAAAUGGUUCAUAUAUUAGUAUAUGCAAAAAAAAAAAAAAAAAAGGGAAAAAAAAAGUUUAACAACAAAGAUAUGAAUAUUUGCAGUAGUGCUAAUUCAAAAUGAUGAAGAACAAAGUCUGACCUAAAAUAUUUUUUUUCCAUGGUGGAGAUAGAGAGUAUUUAAACAGCAGAAAAUGGUAUGUCUAAUCAAAACCCUUCCAUAUGGUGUUACAACUAACUAGCCAUUGAACUGUGUUAAAUAUACUGUAUCAAAGUUGGAAUCAUGAUGGAUAUAAUAAAUAUGUAGGUUAGGAAGAAUUUGUCAUAAGACCUUCUGUAUUGCAUUUGAACAAAUAAACAAAUGUACCUAAUGGCAAUAUGUUUAUAAGUGAAACAAAAUUUUAAAAAACUUGUAUACAUCAUCUUAAAGUAAAUACAGAAAAUGUUUCAUGAACCUGAGUAAAUUAAAAUAUAGCUCAGUUUUAGAAAACUGUUCCAAACCUUUUAAUGCACACAGCAUAAAGAAAUCCUACUUUACAUUGCCCAUGUUCCAUUUUACAGUUAUAUUGGUUAGCAGUGGUUCUCUGAGUGACAGUGCGGGUUAGAAACACCACUCACAAUACCCAUGGUAUUCAAUAAAGGCUUACCUCAGUUAAAAAUACUGUUUUCCAAGCUACAUAAAUCUUGGGAGUCCCUACUAUAAAUGUCAUGGUAGACCAGCUCCCUAAACAAAACUCAAUUGCUUCAUUCUCGUGACAUGGAGCUAUGGAACUAUCUUGUUUAAGAACCCAUAUAAAGAAAUUCUUCACUUCAUGGUGGCACUUCAUAAACUAGCACUUGGAGAAGUCACUGAUUCUGUUCUAGUAAACUAAUUACUAGUAUUCUGAGAUUUUUAGUAAGGGAAUACAAUUCCCCUCCCCUCUAUGUGAAGAUUAGUCUUUAUGGCUGCAUAUUCAGAAUCUGGCCCAGUUCCCAUUCUGGAUGGACUUUGCUCUGGUUUAAGGGAAACUAAUGGCUGGAGUCCAUGUGCUUCUCAGCCCUUGCGGGAUUGGAUAGAACUCUAUCACUUAAGUACAUUCCCAAAUGUAAACUACCAAAGCCAUUUUGCUAUCCUAAAAUCCUAGUGAAUGCCUCAGCCCUCCUGAGCAUCCAGUGACUCACACCUGCUCUCUGAGUUAUACCUUUCUGUGGGUUUUCCAAACUUCUUAAGUCCUGUAAAUACAGUGUGGUGAACUUAGCAAAGAAAAUGUCUAACCUCCAGUCUGUUAUGAAAGUAUCAGAGUUCCAGAUCUCUACCAUGUGACAGUACCCAGAGGUAUACCUCCCUUUAUUCUGAUUUCUCCCCUUCUGUGAAUCUGACAUCUUAAUAGAAUUUCAGAUAAGGCAGAAUCCACUUUUUUCUUCUCUCUUGUUCUUUCUUGCUUGGUUCUCCAGCUUGCGAAGACAGAUCCCUUCAGUUCCUUUGUUAAAUAGUUUGGCCUUUUUUCGUUUGUGCCUUCCAUCUGAGAAAUUCCCACUCCUACCCACAGUUAGGGCUCUGUGUAAAGAAUCCAUUGGCCCAUGGCAAUGUGCCAGCAGUUAAAAGACUGUCAGAGCUGAUGGCCCUAUGAUGUUGCAGCCAAAGCCAAAUCCCUGAUAACCCUUAGAGCUUGAGGGCCAUAAAUUACCAACAGCUGGCAGAGAAGCUGGCUCAAAAGGCAACCUCUAACACCAGUUUUACAGUUCUGUUUUGCCAAAACCAAAAAGAUCCAACUCUGAAGAAGGUAGGGAAAAGUAACUUUAUAAAAACAGCCUAGGAAGACAAUAACUGCAAUAUGCAGUUUUUACCAUGGGGUUGCUCUGAUAAAUGUCCAUAAUACUGUCUGCAAUAUCCAAUUAUUCAUGUAUUUUCAGCUCUACAGUAUUAUAAAGAAAAGGAGAGGACAAAGGAUAGCAAACCUUGUCUUCAUUCUGUGUACACAUGGCACAAUAUUUGUUUACUUAUUGUGUUUAGGACAUUGUAGAAGAAAUAAUAACUUGGGUAUGAUAAAACUGUAAUUGUAAUGUUAAUGCAGUAUUGAAUUAAGUAAUAAUAUACUCCACUUAUUUAUUCUAUCAUGGAUGAAUGCUAUGAAUCAAUGAGAGUUUUUUUUGCUUCAUAGCAGCUUUGGUUCCAGACAACUAAGACUGAGAAAUAAAUGCAGUACAAUUGUGAUGAAAUUUCAAAGAAAGUACAUAGUGAUAUUUUCUAAGUGGGUUUGUAUGCUGACAAAUUGAAGACCAAAGCAAAUAAGGUAGAAUAUUUAUACAUGAAAAGAUAAUUUUACACAUAUUUUAUAUAACUGUAUAGUUCACAAGAAAAACUAUUAAUAGCUUGUGUUAGGCUUGGGGGGUUUGUAUAUUUUGAUAAAAACACAAUGACUUUGUUAUCCUGAAUAUUCUCUACAAUUUAUAACAAAAGUUUUAAGAGGGCAAUGUCAUGUUUUAGUUAAUUGUGGGACUUUUAUUAUAAGUAACAUGUUGAAGUAAUAAGUCAAGUACUAAUGACCAAAUUAGAAUUAAAAUAAGUGUAAAGGGUGGAAAUAUUGUACGUUGUCUAAGACUGUAAUUUGCUAUAUAAUAGCAUCUGUAUUUUUGUUUAGAAAUUAUUAAAUGAAGAUGUUAAGGCUUGGUUAAAAAAGUCUAAUUUUAUUUUUAGAAAGAGUGAUUAUAAUUCUGGUUUUGCUUGAUUAA